GGGUGCCACAUAUAAUCGCUCCCGUGCAGGAGUUGGACGUCUGAGUGAACGUUACAGGUGGAGCGCGCAUAUGCAAGCGCGUCGAGCCGGAUCCGGGGACGAGAAAAAACCUGCAGCAGCCUCAACCGCCUCUCCGAUGCGGAUCCCUUCGCAACUCCUUCACGAGAUGGGCGCCAUGGCGAUGAUCUCCUCCAGCAUCCCUCACCAGUAGCCGGGCAGCAUGGCUCCGGCUCCUCCUUCCAGAGAGGACACCAGCAGCUCCUCAGCACCGCGCUGGAGGUUAACGCCGACAUAGAUCGGGUUUAAAAACACACAACUUAUGAGCCGCCUCGCGAGGACGACCUGCGCCGGAGCGGCGGCGGCGGCGGCGACCACGACCACGACCACGACCACGACAUCUGGACUGAGACCGUGAAACCAUGUCCUGCCUCUGAAUCGGGUGCUUUGGCCGGCGGAGCUGGACCAAACCCGGACUCUGAGCCAUGUCUCUUCUCUCGGCCCUGAGCAUCGUCUGUGGCUUGAUGCUCCAUGUUUCAUACAGCGCACCCAACACUCACUACUGUGUCCCACGGAAGACCGUCCCCUACCAGAACGAGCUGAAGUUGUUCAAAGAAGAAGGGAUCUUCAACUACUCCACGAUGCUGAUGAGAGACGACCUCGGCGUGCUGCUGCUGGGCGCCCGAGAGGCCGUGUACGCUCUGGACAUCGACGACGUCUCCGUCAAAAAGGACGCGGUGUAUUGGCGAGUAACCGAGGAGAAGCAGAGGGAGUGCACGUACAAAGGGAAACACGCCGAGGUGGAAUGCCGUAACUACAUUCGAACCCUGCACAGAGUGAAUGACACCACGAUGUAUGUGUGCGGCACGAACGCUUUCAGCCCCAUCUGCGAUUACAUGACGUUCGUUAACGGACAGCUGAGGCUGGAGGGGAGGCAGGAAGAGGGGAAGGGGAAGUGUCCUUUCGAUCCCUUCCAGAGAUACUCCUCCCUCAUGGUCGGAAAUGACCUGUAUUCUGCUACAUCCAUCAACUUCUUGGGCUCCGAGCCGGUGGUUCUGCGCAGCUCGGACUUGGCUCUCCGCACAGAGUUUAAGAGCUCCUGGCUCAGUGAGCCGAACUUCAUCUACAUGGACUUUGUGGGUGAGAGUUUCGACAGUCCCGACGGGGAUGACGACAAGGUGUACAUGUUCUUCAGUGAGAAUGCCAUGGAGUACGACUUCUACAGCAAAGUCACGGUGUCCCGAGUGGCCCGUGUCUGCAAGGGGGAUAUGGGCGGCCAGCGGACGCUGCAGAGGAAAUGGACGACGUUCCUGAAGGCUCGUCUGGAUUGUUCCCUCCCUGAACCCAGCCUGCCCCCCAUUGUCCAGGACGUCUUCCUGCUGAAGGACGAGCAGGACUGGAGGAAGAGCGUCUUCUACGCUGUCUUCACGCCGCAGUCGAGCUUGUCCCAGGUUUCCGCGGUGUGUGCGUAUCGCGUGUCCGACAUUCGGAACAUUUUCAACGAGGGCAAGUUCAAGACGCCCGUCGCCGUGGAGACGUCUCACGUCAAGUGGGUGAUGUACACCGGAGAGGUGCCGGUCCCGAGACCCGGAGCGUGCAUCAACACCGUGGCACGUAACAUGGGGAUGAAUCGCUCUCUGGACCUCCCCGACAAAACCCUCCAGUUCAUCAGGGACCGGCCCCUCAUGGAGGAGGCCGUGCGCCCGCUGACCGGAGGCCCGCUGCUGGUCAAGAGGGGCGCUUUGCUGACCCGGAUUGCGGUGGACAGCGUGUUGGCGCUGGACGGACGGAGACGCGCGGUCAUGUUCAUCGGCACUGAAAACGGUUACGUUCAGAAGGCCGUCAACUACGCGGGAGAGAUGUUCAUCAUCGAGGAGAUUCAGCUGUUCGAAGACCCCGUGCCCAUCAGCAUCCUGCGCCUCUCGUCCCGCAAGGGCCAACUGUAUGCGGGUUCAGAGUUCGGUGUCAUCCAGAUGCCGCUGAGUAACUGCAGCCGCUACGGCUCCUGUGUGGACUGCGUCCUGUCCCGGGACCCUUACUGCUCCUGGGACCUCGCCACCCAGGGGUGCUCCUCGGUCCACGGCUCGUCGCCAUCCUCAGGCGCCGCUCUACAGAGUCUGGAGGAGGGCGACGUCACGCAAUGUCCCCGGCUAGACCCGGCAGCAGCUGUGGACUUCAACCUGGUGCCAGAGAACAACAUCCAGCUGCCCUGCCAGCUCCACUCAAACUUGGCGCGGGUCCUGUGGCGGUUCUCCGACCGGACGCUUCACUCCGGCGACAAAUACUACAUCUACGACGGGGGGCUCCUCAUCCUGGGCGCCUCGGAGUCGGACGUCGGCCGUUACUCGUGCGACUCGGUGGAGCUGAUCAACGGCAGGGCGUACAACCGGACCGUGGCGGUUUAUCGAUUGCGGCUCGACCCCGGCGCGGCGGCGAGCGCGACGGCGGUCACGACUCCCGGCGUCCAGGUGACGAAAUCCUCGAACUCUGUCCCCGGUCCGAGAGCGGCCACCCCGGCGCCGGACGACGAGGUCGACGAAGACCUGCCGCCGUCCGCCGAGAACCAAAGCGACGCGGGGAAGGUGACCCGCUUGGAGGUGGCCGUGGCUCUGCUGUCGCUGGUCUGCCUCGGCCUGACGGGCGUCGUGUUCUGGACCUGGACUCAGGGACGCACGAGGGAGUGCUUCAAGUUUGCGAAGCGCACCGGCGAAGGCGAGGUCAAGAGGCAGUCCGCCGAAUACAUGCACAUCCAGAACAGGACUUCGGAGAUUAAGUUCCUGGGACCUUUGCCCGGAAGGCCCGGCAGCGCCAAUAAUAAUCACUCUGCGGUUGAUUUCAAAGGGAACGGGGAGCACCACUUCACACCGAUGGCCAACAUUUCAAGUCUCGACGGUCUGGGAUAUAUAAACGAUGAGUCAGAGAUUUGACUCUGAGGGUAUCGAACUCCAUCCGAGGCCAACGAAAGGUCGUGCCACCGUGGAGAAAUGGUACAUUCUUUUGACGAGGUGUCCUGUUCCUCCACCGUCUUAUCGUUUCCGUACGCUGACGCUCGUGUUCACUGUUAAAGACUUCUUCUCUGGUGGAAUUUUCACUCCAGGAAACAGUCGAAAAGUCUCUUAUUUUUUACGGAUAUCAUUUUUUUUUUUUUUUGUACAAUGAGAAAGUGUGAAAUACACACUGUGUAAUAUAUUGUGUACAGGUAAAAAAAAAAAGAAGAAAAAAAAGAUUUAUUUAUUCGUCGUGUUUUUUUUUCUCGCAAACGUAAUACGUGCGAUCGAAGUCUUGGAACUCUUCGAUAGUCAGCAACAAUGAACAAGUAGCAAAACACGUUGACCUCUUGUUUCCGGGCAGAUUUAAUUUCAUGGACUGUUUAUUCAAGACAACAUUCAUCAGAUGAGCGUACGGUCCAGUCUUUGGUUGUGUUAAUAAUUGAUCAAUAGCCUGUACUUCAUAUUUCAGGGUAGCUGUAAAACAACAACAACAAGAUAACAGUGGACUACAAACUUACAGCUGUAUUUAAAAAGGCACAGUGUGUAGGAUCUGGUGGCAUCGAGCAUUGCAGACAGGCACCGAAAAAAAAGCCUUAAACCUGCAUUCUCUCUAGUGGCCAUCAGGGGGCGACUCCUCCGGUUGCAAAGAGAAGUCUGGUUGCGUAGAAGUCUAUGAGAAAAUGACUCUACUUUCUCAUUUAAUUUUAUUACCUCAGUGAACAUUGUGAUUUUAUGGUCUAAAUCGCUAUAGUUUCAAGUCUUCUUCAAAACACUGCGAUGUCCAUAAAGCAGUAUUAAGGCGGGGCUAUACCCAUGUGAUUGGCAGAUGCUCUACGUCACUCCUUCGCAGUCGAAAAUAUGGUCGUAGCACAUUAAAAAAAAUUAAAAAUGACUCACGUUACCACACUUUCAGCGUGAGAAAAACUACGGUGGCCUUCAGAUAACGUUAAAAAAAAAAAAAAAAA